AUGAUUUGGGGUGCCCAAGGUGGUUCCUUCAACUCUGUAGCUGGCCAUGGUGCAUACUCAGAAGCAAUUCUGAAACUUGAUACACAAACUACGCUUUAUGCUUAUGUUGGUGCCAAAGGAAAGUGUGGAAACGAAAAUUUUACCACUGAACAAUAUGAAGGUGGCAAAAAUAAAGCCUGCAAGAAUAGACAGUCCUGCACAGGAGGAUCUGCUAUAUUUAUUUCGAGUGAUCCAUAUGGAAAACAAAUUCUCUUGAUAUCCGGUGCAGGAGGUGGCUCAGGCUACUAUACGAGUGAGUUCUUUGGCGGAGUUGGAGGCCCAUACGCAGGUGAUGCGCUGGGCGAUUCCUUACAUGUAGAUCCAGAAGAUGCUAAAAAAGUUCGAGGCAAAGGAGCAACAUCAUCGCGUCCAGGAGAUGGUGGAGUUUACGUAGGUACAGUCGGCUAUCUUGCAGUAAAUGCAUCCAUGGGAAAAUAUCUAAAAGGUGGUAAUGUUGCUUGCAGUGCAGAUGCAGCGGCUGGUGGAGGGGGAAGUGGUUAUUUCGGCGGUGGUGGUGGCGCAGAUUUAGCAGGUGGUGGUGGUGGAAGUAGUUAUGCAUCACCCGAUCUGUAUAAUGUUGUUUUGCUUGGUGGUGACAAAACUUUCAAAUCACCACAAAAUAAGAUCGUCACCGGUCACUCCGGAAAUGGAUACAUUCGAAUCCAACCAUCAGAUCCAUUCACCCUCGAAAGAAAUGGAGUUGUUUGCAAACCUUCCAAUAUAGUCAACAACAACUUCAUCAUCUAUGCUUUUCAAUAUUUUGUUUUUACCAUGAAUUGUCUUACUUUAUUUGUUUAA